GACUGCUUUGCUCACCAGCAAGCCAUGGCCGUGGAUGUCGCGAUGCAGCUCUCCCUGUGCCCCUCGCCCCUGCGGCGGGAGAAGCGUGCCUGCAAGAUCGCCCCGGCGCCCCUCAAGCCGCUGCGGCCCUGCAUCCAGCUGAGCAGCAAGACAGCACCGGGCGACCCCGAGCAGGCGCCCAGCUCCUUCCCCGAAAGCAAGGCCAAGAAGAAGGUGUCGUUUGCCGACAGCAGGGGCUUCGCCCUCACCAUGGUGAAGGUGUUCUCGGAGUUCGACGACCCCCUGGACCUUCCGUUCAACAUCACGGAGCUCAUUGAUAGCCUCGUGGGGCUGACAGCGGUGGAGAGGGACAGCUUUGUGCUGGACUUUGCGCAGCCCUCGUCGGACUACCUGGACUUCAGGAACCGCCUGCACACGGACUGCGUGUGCCUCGAGAACUGCACGCUCAAGGAGCGCUCCGUGGCGGGCACGGUGAAGGUGAAGAACCUCGCCUUCGAGAAGGCCGUGAGGGUCAGGAUGACGUUUGACACGUGGAAGACCUUUGUAGACUACCCGUGCCAGUACGUCAAGGAUGUGUACGAGGGCUCCGACAGGGACACGUUCUCCUUUGACAUCAGCUUGCCCGAGGGAAUCCCGUCCCACGAAAGGGUCGAGUUUGCCGUCUCCUUUGAGUGCAACGGGCAGGUGUACUGGGACAGCAACAAGGGCACCAACUACAGGAUCACACGCUCCGGACUGAAGUCUGCCCAGGAAGCCUUCUGCCCCUCGAGGGGCCCCGACUUCAGCAGUGCCUUUGACCAGUUUGGCAGCCCCCGCUGCUCCUACGGCCUCUUUGCCGAGUGGCCGAGCUACUUGGGCUAUGAGAAGCUUGGGCCCUACUACUAG